AUGAGAAAUCUCAAACCUGUGCAUCAUCAAGUGUGUACUCUUCCAUUUUGCACUUCAUCACAUGAUGAAGUAGUGUCUUGCACUUCAACGGAUACAGACACAAUCUUCGGAAUCACACGAGAGGGUAUUUUAUUUGAAUUGGACGUUAAAUUGGGCACCAUCAAGAGAACUUUCAAUAUUAAUGAAAAUGUUGAAGGAGUUACACCCGAUGCAAAAAUGAUGGAAAUUCAAUAUGUUGCAGAGUUGGAAAGUCUCAUCAUUAUUUCUCAAUUUGAUAUUAUUACAUUUAAUAUUUCAACAGAUAUGUGUGAAGUAACUGCUUCCAUCGAAGAAGGUAUUCUUGCCAUG